AUGGAGUUCAUCUUCCUCCUGUAUGUCCUGGAGUUCUUUAAUAUUCUGGAUAUUGACCCUUUGUCAUAUGUAGGAUUGAAUUCAGUAACCUAUGACGAUGUGGAUGUGAAAUUCACUCAGGAAGAGUGGGCUCUGCUGGAUCCUUCCCAGAAGAGUCUCUACAAAGAUGUGAUGCUGGAGACCUAUAAGCACCUUACAACUAUAGGCUACAAUUGGGAAGAGCAUAAUAUUGAAGAACAUUGUCAACAUUCUAGAAGAUAUGGAAGGAAUGAAAGAAAACAUAUUUAUGAGAAGCACUAUGAAUGUAAGCAGUAUGGUAAAGCGUUUUCCCAGCCCAGGAAUAUCCUAAUGCCCAGAAGAACACAUACUGGACAAAAACCUUAUGAAUGUAAUCAGUGUGGGAAAGCCUUUUCACAAGUCAGUAAUCUCCAGAGUCAUAAAAGAACACAUACUGGAGAGAAGCCCUAUGAAUGUAAUCAGUGUGGUAAAGGCUUUUCAUACCUCAGUACACUCCAAGUGCAUAAAAGAACACAUACUGGAGAGAAACCCUAUGAAUGUGUUCAGUGUGGGAAAGCCUUUUCACAACAUGGAAGUCUUCAAAAGCAUUUAAGAACACAUACUGGAGAGAAGCCUUAUGAAUGUAAUCAGUGUGGGAAAGCCUUUUCACAAUUGAGUAGUCUACAUAUUCAUAAAAGAACACAUACUGGAGAGAAACCGUAUGAAUGUGGUCAAUGUCAUAAAGGCUUUUCACUCCUCAGUUCACUCCAAGUGCAUCAAAGAACACAUACUGGAGAGAAACCCUAUGAAUGUAAUCAGUGUGAUAAAGCCUUUUCACACCCCAAUAGUAUUCAUGUACAUAAAAGAACACAUACUGGAGAGAAACACUACAUAUGUAAUCACUGUGGUAAAGCCUUUUCAAAAUCCAGUACUCUCCAAGUUCACAAAAGGACACAUACUGGAGAGAAACCCUACAAAUGUAAUCAGUGUGGGAAAGACUUUUCACAAGUCAGUAAUCUCCACAGUCAUAAAAGAACACAUACUGGAGAGAAACCCUACAGAUGUAAUCACUGUGGUAAAGCCUUUUCCCAAUCCAGUAAUCUCCAUGUGCACAAAAAGACACAUACUGGAGAG